AUGAACCCGCGUCGGGAAUUUUCACCGUCGCGGAGUACGCGCUCACUGGAGCGCGGGAGAUCGCGGACGCGUUCGCCACGGGGGGCGGCGUACCGCACGGAUCUGGUGUUUGAUGGACGUCGAGAAGGAGGCGAGGACGAUCUGCACGCAAGAUCGGAGCCCAGGCCUCAACCGUCCAGCAGCGGCCCUUGGAAUCUGGCGCGCGGCCAGCAAGGAGAGGGUGGCAGGCGUCGCGACGACGCGGACGUGUUGGACUCGUCGGAUUCGGCAAGUGAGGCCGACGGUGAGGAAGAAGCAGACGAGAUCCUGAUGGCGCGAGAUGGUGGGAAGGACGAAGUCGCGGAAGAAGAGCGCGACGAAGGGAGCAAAGACGCAGGAGCAAGUGGCUCGCCGAGAGAGAUGCGCGGAGGCAGCGCAAGGCGCCGCGGAAGCGCGGAUGCAGGUCGCGCGGCGGACGAAAUGGGUGACGGCAGCGUAGGGCGCCGCGGGAGCGCGGAUGCAGACGAUUCGACGGGCGAAAUGUGCGGGAAUGGCACGAGGCGCCGCGGGAGCGUGGAUGCAGACAAUUCGACGGGCGAAAUGCUCAGGGAUGGCGCGAGGCGCCGUGGUAGCGCGGAUGCAGACGAUUCGACGGGCGGAAUGCGCGGGAAUGGCACGAGGCGCCGCGGGAGCGCGGACACAGACGGGUCGGUGGGCGAAAUGCUUGAGAAUGGUGCGAGGUGCCGGGGGAGCACGGAUGCAGAUCGCUCGCCAGGCAGGAUGCGCGGAAGUAACGUAAGGCGCGGCAAAGACAAGGAGGCUGAGCGCGCGCCAGAACCCAGACGUGAGGAAGUGAGGAGGCGAGACGCGCAUGUGGAAGCGCGUGGCUCGCCUGAGCCAAGACGCGGACAUGAGCGCAGGAGGCGCAUGGCGCUGGGCGGAUGGCGAUCACCAGAGCUGCGGGGAGAGGAAAGGGGGGACGGCACGUGCGCAAAAAGGCGUGCGCAGCGCUCGCCUGCACGGCAGCGGAGGCACAAGGGGGAGGCACGUGUCGGGAGUAGUGAACGCUCGCCAUUGGGCAUCUUGGGGGCAGAUGCGAGAGUGCGCCGGGAAGGAAGAGAAGAGCACCUGCGAGCAGGGGCAGAGGGCGCGAAGGAACUUGGUGGAGAGGCCAGAAACAGGCAGGAGAAAGAGAAACUGGGGAAGGGAGGAAAGGAGCAGCAGAGGUUAUGGGAGAAAUCGCCAGAAGAGGAAUGGAGAGGCAGGCUGGACGGCCAGAGAAAAGUGGUGAAAGGAGAAGGAGGAAGGAAAGAAGGGAGGAGACAAGGAGCGAUGAAGAGCAUUGCAGACGAGGGGAGAGGUCGCAAGAACGGGGGACAGAGAAUGAAGAGGAGGAAUAUGAGUACGGUUUGGAUCGGCGCCAAUGCGGUAAGCGGGAGCGGCGUGAAAAGGAAUUACCCCCUGAAGGAAGAGAGGGGUACAAGGGAGGGCAAGAGGGGUAUAGGGAACCUGAAGUGGAGGAGAGGAAUAGUAACGCCAGCAGCAGCGGAAGUAGAGGAGAAGGACGAGAAGGUGGGAGCAGGAGCGUGUGUACCAGCAACAGCGGAAGCAGAGGAAAAGGAUGAGCAGGUGGGGGCAAGAUCAUGUGUACCAGCAGCAGCGGAAGCGGAAGUGGUGGAUGAAGGGGUGGAGGCACGGGCAUGUGUGGUGGCAGCAGCGGAAGAGGAAGGGAAAGAAGAGAAGGUGGGGGCACAGGCGUGUGUAGCAGCAGCAGCGGAAGAGGAAGGGAAAGAAGAAAAGGUGGGGGCACAGGCGUGUGUAGCAGCAGCAGCGGAAGUGGAAGGGAAAGAAGAAAAGGUGGGGGCACAGGCGUGUGUAGCAGCAGCAGCGGAAGAGGAAGGGAAAGAAGAGAAGGUGGGGACACAGGCGUGUGUAGCAGCAGCAGCGGAAAAGGAAGGGAAAGAACAGAAGGUGGGGGCACAGGCGUGUGUAGCAGCAGCAGCAGAUGAGGAAGGGAAAGAAGAGCAGGUGGGGGCACAGGCGUGUGUAGCAGCAGCAGUGGAAGAGGAAGGGAAAGAAGAGAAGGUGGGGGCGCAGGCGUGUGUAGCAGCAGCAGCAGAAGAGGAAGGGAAAAAAGAGAAGGUGGGGGCACAGGCGUGUGUAGCAGCAGCAGCAGAAGAGGGAGGGAAAGAAGCGAAGGUGGGGGCACAGGCGCGUGCAGUGGCAUCAGCAGUAGCAGAAAGGAAAGCCAAGAAAAAGGGGGCAUGGGCGUGCGCACCAGCAGCCGCAGAAGCAGAAGGAAAAGACGAGAAGUGGUGA